AUGCCCUCGCGAACCUCCAUCCUGAUCACGUAUACCGUUGUCGGGAUUCUGGUCUACCAGGUUCUCUGUGCGCUUGGGGAAGAAGCCUCUUCCCUACCUGAGCCUUCCACCGUUGCGUGCCAUGCUACUCGAUGCUAUGAUCCCGCGCUGGGUUUCACCUUGGGAUGGAUAUACUGGCUCAAAUACCUCGUGGUAGUCCCCAGCCAGCUGACUGCGGGCGCUCUAGUCAUCACAUACUGGUUAGAAGCUGGGCCAGCCAACAUAGCAAUCUGGAUGACCGUCUUUCUGGUCUUGAUCAUUGCAAGCAACUAUUGGACCAGCCAUCUCCUAGGUCACUAUGAGUUCAUUUUGGCUUCCUUCAAGGUGAUCAUCCUGCUGGGGCUUAUCAUCCUAUCGCUCGUCCUCGCCCUCGGAGGAGGGCCUGAUCACGACAGAAAAGGCUUCAAGUACUGGAGCAAUCCCGGUGCGUUUGCCGGUGAUCCCACAGCGUUUGGUCGACUCCGCGCCAUCUGCCGGACAUUUCCCUCGGCGAUGUUCGCCUAUUUGGGCAGCGAACUUAUCGGCAUCAAUAUCCUCCAAACACGGAAUUCACGCAAGGCGGCCGUCCACGGGAUCAAGCUGACUUUUUAUCGGAUCUUGGCUUUCAACAUCGUCGCGGUCGCGCUGCUAGGGAUGCUUGUCCCCUUUGAUACCGAUAUCUUGAAUGUCCCCAGUGACGGCUCCGACCGAGUCCCGGCGUCGGCCUUUAUCCUAGCGAUUCAGAUGGCCAAUGUGCCGGUGCUCCCGCAUAUCUUGAACGCCUGUCUUCUACUAUUCGUGCUCUCUUCGGCAAAUUACGCCUUGUGCUCGGCGUCCCGCACCAUCUACCGGCUUGCCGUAGACAAACACGCGCCCUCUAUUCUGUCCCGCACCGAUCAGAGAGGGAUCCCAAUCUACGCGCUAGGUCUUUGCUCUCUUCUCGCCUCCCUGGCAUACCUCAGCGUGUCCACCGACUCCAAGGUUCUCUUUAACUACUUUGUCAAUCUAGUGACGAUGUUCGGACUGCUCACAUGGAUGUCCAUCCUCAUCAUCCACGUGGCAUUUGUGCGCGCCCGCCGAGUUCAGAAGAUCCCAGAUAAGGCACUUGUCUUCCGAGCGCCAUUCGGACCCUAUGGUUCAUGGGUCGCUCUUGCGUUUUGUAUCCUCAUCGCCGUGGUCCGCACGUUCGACGUCUUCGACCAGGACGGUUAUCCUGGCCGGUUCAACUAUUGGGCUUUUCUCACCUCGUACCUCGGGCUACCACUGUAUCUGGCACUUAUCUUGGGAUACAAGAUUGCGACCCGGUGCAAGCACCUACGGCCCAGUGAAGUUGAUCUGCAGAACAUGAAGAGGGAAGACGAGGGGCGGGAGUCGAUGGCGCUGGAUGGUGUAGGGGAGGAACCACAGGCGCUUUCUGAUCAGGAGAAGUUUCGUAAGAGUCGGUUUUGCACAUGGCUUAGGGCGAUCAAGGUCAAGUACUAA